UCAUUUAUGGUCACAUGAUUUCAAGAUGGCAGAAGUGCAAGACAUGAUACAGAAAGAACACUGCCCUGUGUCCCUGUUAAUAAUUGUGUUUUCCUUUAGAUAAUGCUAAAAUUUCUAGUUCUUGCAAUUGGAAUUGUGAUCGGACUUUCUACUUCAACAAUAUUUACACCAUUAUGGCUAGACUCGAUGAACAGUUCUGUGAUACCUGCCAACACGACUGGAAAUUCUUCAACAAUUGCAAUCGACAAUUACGCUGUCAUCUUCAUCGUCAGUGUUAUAAAUCUACUGCUUUUAUCGGUGAUAUUGGUAUCUAUUUCACUUUUAGGGAAACUUUUCAAAAGCGGCCAAGUAGUACUGAAUUCUCACAAGCGGGAUAUGCUAUGGGUAGGAUUUGCUGAUGCUGUGUCAACUGUAUUCCUGGUAUAUUCAGCCAACGGGUCACGCACUCCUCCAUAUCUUCAAGCUCUAGCCACUAAUUUUGCUAUACCAGUGACAUUUCUCACAAGAUUUAUAAUUCUUCGUAAAAAAACAUCUGUUAGAAAAGCAACAUCUGCAGUUUUGGUGUUUUGUGCUGAACUGAUUGCUCUCAUACCAAGCAUAUUUCCUAAGCUGGAGAAUAAAUCUGCAAGAAAAGAAGAUGGUGGAGCACCUGGCCUACCAGGGAUUCUGUGGACUCUCUGCUAUUUUUUUGGAUUUAGAGCUGAAAAUAAAGAACAGGUUCCACAAGCCAUUGUCAAUGUUGUAUUUGAGAAGUCUUCCAAAUCUUCCACUGCAUCAAAAGACCAUGCUGUUCUUGAAACAAUACACAUGAUGUUCUGGUCCUAUUUCUUCUGUCUCAUUUCGUUGAUAUUGCUCUUUUGGACUGAUCUUAUUCCUGGGUUUGGUGAUGCAGACUCCAUUAAGUCAUUUUGGAAAGGGCUUCGAUUUAAUUUUGAGUGCUUCCUUGGUGCUACUGACUGUCCAGACCUGACUCAUUUAUACUCGGGGAUAACCAUCCUAGCCAUGUUACUGACUCGCUUGUUUGUUGUGCUGUUCUUACACUUUUUAGAAGGAGCAAAUUACCUCAUUAUUAUCAUGAGCCUCCAAACCCCGUUGGUUGUGCUGUUUUGGACAUUGUUUAAUGAGAAGCCUUUCCGCUGGAACCCUGAUGUCCAUCUCUCCACAUGGCUUAGCAUGGCGUCUAUUUGUAUAAUGCUGCCUGCAAUUUACUGCUAUAACAAAAAAUCUGUUGAGAUGCCAGAGGAGAACAAGAGGACUGAGUCCUCGUUGGAGGAGGAGCGAGGACUAUUGGUCUGUUCUACAGACAGCUACCAGUCCAUUGAGGCGUCCUCCGGUGUAGUCAUCAACAGUGAUUCUCUGAACAGCAAUUACAAUUUUGCAGGGUUACGUCGAUCAUAUUCUCCACAGUUUGCUAGCUCACUAAAUACUGAGGGUUCUGAGGUUGAAUGGUCAUUUUCAUGAAAUGGCUUUAUGUACAGUUAUUAAUAUAUGACUUUGAUGGAGAUUCUAUGUGUAAUUAAUACUCAAAUUAGCUCUUAUAAUAUUCUUUUUAAUUCUUCGAGCAACAAACCAGUUUUUGACUUGUUAUUAUUUAGUUUUAGUGUUCAGUAGGCUAACUCUAACUCAAUAACUGUUGUGAGAUUGUGAUUUUAUUUUAAUAAAAGAAAACCUUGUUACAUUUAUUGAUGAAAAAAUAAUAAUAAAAUUGGGAGAUUAAUUAAUAUAGCACUAUUAUGUGUGAAUUAUUUGUUAUAAAGGUAUAACGAUCAUCGCAGAAAAAUUACAUUACCCCGGUUAUGUAUUUUUCUGCAAUGUCGCCUCCUUUAUAUCCCCCAAGAAUCA